CCGACUCCUCUGGGUUCCCAAGCGCCUUGGAGGCAUUCCUCGAUGCAGCCUCAGCCUUCACCACCGCUCCGGACACGGAAACCUCCAGCCAGGCACUUAAAGCACAAAACGCGUCGCGCACGCGCGCCGAGCGCAGGACGACCCAGCCCCUUGUUUGCCUAGGCCCGCCCCUUCCGCCCUCUGGGGCGGGACUAAGUGCGGCUUCCGCCGGAAACCUGGAACCGAACGGAAAACCAAGUUCUGAAGCUGAGGCCGGGGUGGUACUCUUCCUUCCUCCUCGUCUCCGGCAUCCAAAUUUAGGUUUCCAAGCCUAAUUUGUAUGAGGUCCUGAGGUCCCACCUCAUCCCCACAUUCCGACUUCCUCAGAACCUGAGGCCAGGAAAGGAACCUAUCUCCUCCGUCACCCCCUCACUCUCCCGCCCUUCCCCGGGCCCCCUCGGCCCCCCUGACCAUGGCCCAGAAGCCGAAGGUAGACCCCCACGUCGGGCGCCUGGGAUACCUGCAGGCACUGGUCACGGAGUUCCAAGAGACGGAGAGCCAAGACGCCAAGGAGCAAGUACUGGCCAACCUCGCCAACUUCGCCUAUGACCCCAAUAACUACCAGUAUCUGCGGCAGCUGCAGGUCCUCGAUUUAUUCCUCGAUUCGCUGUCGGAGGAGAAUGAAACCCUGGUGGAGUUUGCUAUCGGAGGCCUCUGCAACCUGUGUCCAGACAGGGCCAACAAGGAGCACAUCCUGCAGACAGGGGGCAUCCCCCUCAUCAUCAACUGCCUGUCCAGUCCCAACGAGGAGACCGUGCUGUCUGCUGUCACCACGCUCAUGUACCUGAGCUCGCCAGGCUCUGGCUCGCACCCUGAGCUGACCGCCAUGCCCGUGGUGCAGUGCAUGCUGCGCUUCUCUCUCUCAGCCAAUUCAAGGCUCCGGAACCUGGCCCAGAUCUUCCUCGAAGACUUCUGUUCCCCAAGCCAGGUGGCGGAAGCCCGCAGCUGGCGGGCUCACUCUGCCCUGGGCAUCCCACUGCCAAGGACUGAGGCCCCCCAGCAGCCCUGACCCAAGGAGAUUUCACGGCCAUGGCACCCUGACUGCUGGAGAUGAGACCACGAUCCGGGUGGGGGCUCAGGGAGCAGGAGCACCCUGGCUCCCCCUGAGCAUGUUCUCUCCAAAAGGUGCCCUUUAAGGUAUUUUAAAGGUGAGUCUUCUCAGUGUGACAGGUGUUUACACUGUGAUGAGAGGCAUGAGUGAGGAAGCCAGAAUAGAGGGAUGUGGAAGUGGGCAAAGGCAGUGCCAUUUCCAUAGGUUGACAUUCUCAACCAGCUGGAGGUCAAGGGCCUGCCUCCUGCCACCACCAAGCCCUUGUGUGAGAGUGAAGCCGCUGGGACCCAAGAUCCAGAGGCCUUAUAGAAGGGGUCGUCAUGAGGAGCAGCUGUGCCUGGGAUUAGGAGAAUUGCUUCUGUUUGAGGGAAGAGGAAUUCUUUAUCAUAUCUGGAGUAAUCAUGAGGAAUAGAAAUGAGAAGCCAGCUCUGGGAAGCUGGCCAUGCCCACUCCAGGGCUAUGGAAGCUGGGUACCUACACCGCAAGCUCUCCCUGCUGGGCAUUGGGUAUGGUGGACACCAGCCCGGAGAACUCUGGCCGAGGAUCACCUGUUUAUCCACAGGCCUAUCUGCCAAGCACCAUGAGCUUCAAAGACAAAGGUGUGGUCUCUAUUCUGUAGAGAUGCAGUCCAUAAGACCAUGAGUAUGAGGGUGAGGACACAUCAGAAUAAGGCACAGAGCCUUGAAGCUGCAUAUUCUCCCCUCACCACCCCGUGGCCCCAGCCUGAGCGCCCUGGCCCUCCUCUGCCAUCAGGGUUGGGUUAGUGAGGAGUCGUCCCUGGCCCUGGAAGUCUCAGACUCAGGAGGGCUUCGGGAGGGCAAGAGUGGUGGCUUAAGGGACCAGAUACUGACAAGUCUGUGGCUUAGAGUCCAUAAUGUACAUUGACCAGCACAGGGGAAGCGGUGUGGGAUGCCCCUGGAGAGUCAGGGUUCAGGAGCAAUGGGGAACUUCCUGGCCUCCCUUCUGCACUCCCUUAAGGUUGACCUCUAACAUGGCCAAGGUGAAAGAUGGCAGAUACAAGAGGGAUGGUAUCCAGACGGAGGUGGCAUGAAGGAUAGGAAGAGGGAAGAGAAAGCUUCCUUCUCAGCCUGCAUUCCACCUGCUUCCCUAGGGCUCCUGUACCUUUACUUUCCCAAAUAAAGGACGUUUAAAGAGUGGUGA